ACAACUUCCCUUUUGACUGGAUUGGGCCCUUCUCUAUGAGGCCCAAAUUGAAAGCCCGAAAUAAAAGCCCAAAUUAAUGACCCCCCCUAUCAACUCCCAACCAACACAAUUUCCCUUCUCGGAUAUCACUCGAAACCCUAACAAUCCCUUGAGCUUAAGAUUCCAGAAAUGGUGUGCAUACGAAAGGCAACAAUAGACGAUUUACUUGCAAUGCAAGCAUGCAAUUUGCUAUGCCUGCCUGAAAACUACCAAAUGAAAUACUAUUUCUAUCACAUACUUUCAUGGCCACAACUUUUAUACGUUGCUGAAGAUUACAAUGGUAAGAUUGUUGGAUAUGUGUUAGCUAAAAUGGAAGAGGAAACUACUGAGUGUCAUGGACAUAUCACUUCACUUGCCGUUGUUAGGACUCAUCGGAAACUUGGUUUGGCUACUAAGCUCAUGACCGCUGCUCAGAAUGCCAUGGAACAGGUGUUUGGAGCAGAGUAUGUGUCUCUGCAUGUGAGGAAGAGCAACAGGGCUGCAUUUAAGCUGUAUACAGAGACAUUAGGAUAUAAGAUUCAUGAUAUGGAAGCCAAGUACUAUGCAGAUGGGGAAGAUGCUUAUGAUAUGAGGAAGGAAUUGAAGGGCAAGAAGCACCACCAUCACCACCACCACCACCACCAUGGUGGUGGGUGUUGCUCUGGUGAGGUGAAGUUUGUACCAAAGGAAGGAGCAGCAGAAGCAAAAGCAGUGUAAUUGUGGAUGUAAACUUUGGGACUUAGAAAUUGCCCCGAGUCAAUUUGCUUGCAAGAAAUAUAUGUUACUACUGUAUGUUUACUUGAAACAACCACACUGUUUUAAGGUUUGAUUAAUGCUUUUGGUUUUUAUGA